CACUAUCAGCACCGCCUCUGCCAAUUCAGACGCCACAAACCUUGUUCUUCGAUUCAAAGACUGCCCUCAUUCCCAUCACUUCCACUUCCUUUAGUUCAUCUCUCCUUGAUAGUGUCAGGAGCAGUGUUUUUGGGCAUUGGGCUAAAGCAAGCUUCUCUCUAUAACAAUCAAUCCAGCCUCAGCUGGGUUUUUCCUAUCCUGGGUUCAUCUUUGUAUCUUUUUUUUUCUUUCUAGGUUUUUAUUUUUUUUUUCUGGGUUUUUGUUUGAAGCUGUAUAAAUAGUGUAUAUAUAAUGGCACUGUGUACAUUCUCAUUUCCUGGGAACAUUAACCGGGCAGUGGCUUCAGAUCUCCAGAAGAAUGGCCCCUUCUUCUCUUCUCAUAUGUUUUGGGGAAGGGAUUUGCAAGGUCAAUUUCAGCACAAGAACCAUCAGGCCAAGAAAAGGCCAGGUGGGGUUUGGGCAUCCCUUUCAGAGAGAGGGGAGUAUCAUUCACAGAGGCCAGCAACACCGCUCUUGGACACAAUCAACUAUCCAAUCCACAUGAAAAAUCUUUCUGUCAAGGAACUGAAGCAACUUGCUGAUGAGCUGCGGUCCGAUGUAAUCUUCAAUGUUUCCAGGACUGGGGGUCACCUUGGUUCGAGCCUUGGCGUGGUUGAGCUCACCGUGGCCCUUCAUUUUGUGUUCAAUGCUCCUCAGGACAGGAUACUAUGGGAUGUUGGGCAUCAGUCUUACCCGCAUAAAAUUCUGACUGGAAGAAGAGACAAGAUGCAUACUAUUAGACAGACAAACGGGUUGUCUGGAUUUACUAAGCGCGCAGAGAGUGAGUAUGAUUGCUUUGGUACGGGUCAUAGUUCCACAACCAUCUCUGCAGGCUUGGGGAUGGCUGUGGGAAGGGAUUUGAAGGGAAGAAACAACCGUGUAGUUGCUGUUAUUGGUGAUGGGGCCAUGACGGCAGGUCAAGCAUAUGAAGCCAUGAAUAAUGCUGGAUACCUUGAUUCAGACAUGAUUAUUAUUCUUAACGACAACAAACAAGUCUCUUUGCCCACUGCAACUCUAGAUGGUCCUACACCACCUGUGGGAGCUUUGAGCAGUGCUCUAAGUAGGUUGCAAUCAAACAGGCCUCUAAGAGAACUCCGAGAAGUGGCAAAGGGAGUAACCAAACAGAUUGGUGGUCCUGUGCACGAACUGGCUGCCAAAGUUGACGAAUAUGCUCGUGGAAUGAUCAGCGGUUCUGGGUCGACACUGUUUGAAGAACUUGGACUCUAUUAUAUCGGUCCUGUUGAUGGUCACAACAUGGACGACCUUAUUGCUAUUCUUAAAGAGGUUAAGAGCACUAAAACAACAGGUCCAGUACUAAUCCACGUUGUCACAGAGAAAGGCCGGGGAUAUCCAUUUGCAGAGAGAGCUGCGGACAAGUACCAUGGGGUAGCCAAGUUUGAUCCGGCAACUGGAAAACAAUUCAAAGCCAGUGCUAAAACUCAGUCUUAUACAACAUACUUUGCAGAGGCUUUGAUUGCAGAAGCAGAGGCAGACAAAGAUAUUGUUGCAAUUCAUGCUGCAAUGGGUGGUGGAACAGGAUUGAAUCUUUUCCUUCGCCGCUUCCCUACACGAUGCUUUGACGUUGGGAUAGCAGAACAGCAUGCAGUGACUUUUGCUGCUGGAUUGGCUUGUGAGGGCCUCAAACCCUUUUGUGCAAUCUACUCAUCUUUCAUGCAGAGGGCUUAUGACCAGGUAGUGCAUGAUGUUGAUUUGCAGAAGUUGCCUGUGAGGUUUGCAAUGGACAGAGCCGGGCUAGUUGGAGCAGAUGGUCCAACACAUUGUGGAUCUUUUGACGUAACAUUUAUGGCAUGCCUGCCAAACAUGGUGGUGAUGGCUCCUUCUGAUGAGGCCGAGCUAUUCCACAUGGUUGCGACCGCUGCUGCCAUAGAUGACCGGCCAAGUUGCUUUCGGUACCCGAGAGGAAAUGGGGUGGGUGUAGAGCUGCCGCCAGGGAACAAAGGCAUACCUCUCGAGGUUGGAAAAGGCCGGAUAUUGAUUGAAGGCGAAAGAGUAGCACUCCUAGGCUAUGGAACGGUUGUUCAAAGCUGCUUGGCUGCGGCUGCUUUAGUGGAACCCCACGGCGUACGAUUAACAGUUGCAGAUGCACGCUUCUGCAAACCUUUGGAUCGUGCUCUUAUUCGGAGCUUAGCAAAGUCGCAUGAGGUUUUGAUUACAGUAGAAGAAGGAUCAGUUGGCGGGUUUGGGUCACAUGUUGCUCAGUUCAUGGCCCUUGAUGGGCUUCUUGAUGGCACGGUAAAGUGGAGACCAAUGGUUCUUCCUGACCGGUACAUCGACCAUGGAUCUCCAGCCGACCAACUGGUUCAAGCCGGUCUCAGUCCAUCCCACAUUGCAGCAACAGUGUUCAAUAUACUUGGGCAAACAAGAGAGGCUCUGAAGAUCAUGUCAUAGGAGAGACGGGUUUUCGGUUCUCUCAUCCAUGUAUACAAAUAGGAUCAUGAAUAAGAUUUCAAUACUUAUCCUCAAUACUGUAAAAAUUCUAUUAGUACAAUAGAGACUCGAGAAAUAGUUGACAUAAAAAGGAAAUGAUCUCUUGAAGCUACAUUGAUAAUCUACUGAAGAACCAAGUGAAAGCAAAUUUCUGAUAUGAACGAAUGUACUCUCUCUCUUUUUCAGUAGUAAAGCUCUUAAUUAGAGAUUCAACAA